AUGAAUCAAUUAACAGAUAAAAGAAAAAUUUCGAGAUCUGAAAAAUCUGGUCUAAUAUUUCCAGUUGGACGUAUUCAUCGUCUUCUUCGACGAGGAAAUUACGCACCACAUAUUGGUAGUGGUGCACCUAUUUAUUUUGCAGCAGUUGUUGAAUAUUUGAUAGCUGAAAUAGUUGAACUUGCUGGUAAUGCUGCUGAAGAUAACAAAAGAGCAAGAAUUACUCCUCGACAUCUUCAAUUGGCUAUUCGUAACGAUGAAGAAUUGAAUAAAUUAUUUAGAAACGUUACGAUUGCUCAGGGUGGUGUCUUGCCUAAUAUUCACCAAAGCUUACUACCAAAACCACCCAAGAAAAGUGCGAAAAAUGUCGAACAACAGAAUAAUUAA